AUGACUCAGGACAUUUCCUUGGUCGAACCGGCAAAAGUGCGAACUUUGCUGGUGCCAAUCGGCCAAUGGACACGUUCAAGCUUCAUGACAAAGGUUGGCGCUUUGCAGGAACGCUUUGAGGCCCGGUUGGUAGAUAUCACGCCCAUUGAGGACCCCAAUUUCAACCCACAAGGCUUCCCGCAGGGUAGGCUUUUGUUUGAUUUCCAUACAAGCCUGGUUGAAGAAGAACAGUCGCUUUUCCUGCACGAUUUCGAAGUCUACAGAAAGACGUUCGUGGUGGUGGGUCUUGUCAAUGCGGAGGAACAAAAUCCACAGGAGCUGCUCGAUACGUUGCAAAAAAGAUAUCCAGAUCCGAUAUCUCACAAUCUGCUGUAUUUUGACGGGAAGCACCAGCCUCCUACUCCUAACGUCUACUGGUCCUCUACUACAAAUCUUGAGACAAUUGUAUGUGACAUUGGAAAGAAUUUUUUGGAAGCAUUGGGUCACUAUUAUGCUUCCUACAAGCACGUAACACUUCGAUCACCUGGCGCCAUUGGAGGAUCGUCUGUUACAAAGACUAUUCUCAUGAGACAGCCAUCAGCAGCACUUUCAUCCCCGCCCUCAAUGAGAGUAACUUCCAGUCCCAUUGACACUAGCGUCCCAAAUACUAUCAAGCGUAGCGCCUCCCUCAAAUCCUUGAGUCUCAGCUCUACGGCAUCCUCUGACCAACACAGAGCCAAAGCACGACAGUGCAAGGUAUUGGGAAAUUUCAAACUGCUAGCAGGACAAUAUCUCGACUCUAUGAACAGCUUCGCGGAAGCUGCGAGUACAUUGCACAAAUAUCACGAUAACAUUUGGCUAGGAAGCGCUCUAGAGGGCUUGGCGCUUUCCAUGGUUCUCCUAACAUAUUUGCAAGUUCCCUUUCAGGUUCCUUCGAUAAUUUCGUCUAUUUGCUCUCCCAAAGAUUUUGAAAUUCAACCAACUGGUACUGGCUCCCAGCGAAAUAGUAUGUCCUCAGUAACAGUUCAAUCACCGAGAAAUUCCUUGAGCGCAAAGUCAUCAAAGAUUAAUACCAUAGACUCGCAAAAUGUGGCCAUACCACUUUUGUUCAAGUCCAUCAGCGAUAAGGUUCUGCAUUAUUAUGAGAUGAGUAUAUCUCAUAAUACUGAGUAUGUUCCUCAGAUUGUUUACUGCGAACACGUAAUGCGCACUGCCCGAUUUAUGGCGUAUUGCCAUUCUCACAACGAAUUCGAGAAAGAUUUAUUACAAUCGGCUACGUCUUCGGAGCCCUCGAAAUCUGCCAACACAGAUUUGGAUACUUCUAGCUCAUUAUCAGAGUACUUCACCAGGUUGGAUAUAUGCUUCACGGCCAACAAACUUUUUGAUCUACAAUUGAAAGAGAUGGACAUUUUCUGUCAGGUAAAAGUGUUCGCAUCAUUGGCUGUUCUCUACAACAAGAUGGGAUUCACAAGAAAGAAUGCUUUCAUGCUACGCAUUUUGCUCGUCAGCUUGCUGCCGCGGGGUGUUUCUGAUAGUGUGUUCGGUGUUUUAAACAGCACACAUAAUGAUUCGCUUCUGACACUAAUGCAAACAUAUGGUAUCAACAAACAGCCUGAAACUCUAAUAGAAGAUGCGGCUAAUUGCAGCUGGGUAACAAUACAAAAGAACAUACUGAUGUUGGCCAUAAAUCUGUCCGCUAAAACCCAACUUCCGGAAAAAGUGUGCGAAUUUUCCUUAACACUGUUACAAAAAUACUCGCAUGCACUCACUAGAAGCGAACAGACAAACUUGCUUCGAGAGAAUAUCUUAGCAUACACUCAUGUGAAUCAAAAUGUCACAUAUUGGGAUCCUUUUUUGUUGAGAAAAUUGGAUAUAAUCCAGUUGGAGAACCAUAAAGAGAUACCACGAGAAAAGUGCAUUGUGGUAAAUAAAUUUGAGGGACAAUCUAAGCGACACUCGCAGGUUUUCAACCCAUAUAAGGAUCGUGGUAUUCGUGAUUUGACCGAAAAAUCCAAAGCUGAAGAGACAUUCACAAGGUUUCUCCUCGGUGAAACAGCGGAGCUAGUCGUAGUGUUUCAAAAUCCUUUCAAAUUUGAUCUUGAGAUAACACAUUUGGCUUUCUGCAAAAAAGACGAAAGCAUUGUCGACUUUUUAAGCGGCAGUGUGAGACGGGAGCUCCCAUUCACGAUAAAGCCGAAUUCCAUGGCAUCUCUUCACCUCCCCGUCACGUUUCUUAAGGAAACUGAAGCUGUUCAUGAGCUUGCAAGCCUUGAAGUGGGGGUUUUUGGGCUUCACCCAACAUCUUUCGACAUUGUCGACGCAGAAAGGCGGCAGGAAGAGUACGGGUCGAAGGGCACAAGAGCAAGUCUCGAUCAUUACAAAUUUUUUGUCAUCAAUGAACAGCCUCAGAUUGAAUUUGUGAGUAGUACUCUCAAUGAAAAUUCUAUUAUGAUGCUUGAUGGCACCACGCAAUCAUUUGAAGUUGUUCUGCGUAACCAAUCACUCAGCAAAGCAGCCAACUAUCUUGAGUUUACGCAUGUCACUAAUGUUGAGGCUGAGUUGGGAUCAGAUUAUUGGAAGAAACUUGCACCGGAUGAUUUAUAUGACGUUGAAAAGAAGCUCGAAUGGUUACAAAAGAAGUGCAUAACAUUGAGAAAUGCUCCCGCAGAGAUCCCAGCCAAUAGUAAUGUAACGUUAAUCAUAGAUAUUGACGUGUCCCAAGCUUCUUUCCAACUAAAAAGUUUCGAAAUCAUGCUAGUAUACGGAUGCAAGGACAACGCAAACAUUGACUCCGUUUAUACAAAAACACUGAAAGUGCCUUUUGAAAUUUCACUACGGAGAAGCAUUGAGGUUCCAAGUCUUGAAGUAGUGCCUGCAUCCAAGGAACUACUCCAAGCAGAAAGCUCCUUUCUACGAACAGAAAGACAUCCCGCUCAUAUAUCCGAUUCCGGUAACUUAGUUCUGCUGCUGUUGGACGUUCGUAAUUCUUGGGAUGAAAAUGCGACUGUUUCCAUCAGUUUUGGUGAGUUCCAAUGUAAGCCAGAAACGCUAUGUUCCCAUAGCAUGAAAAGGUUUAUUGUGCCUAUCCAGAGCUUCCAUCCGUCCGUCUACUGGAGCACGGGAGAGAUACCUAACCUUGUGCGUGGUCGGCAGUUCGUGAAUAGUGGUCUUACGCGAGAUCAAACUGUGGCAAUGCGUCGCAGCUUUUGGUGUCGUGAACUGCUCAUGGAGUCCCUCAGAUGCGAGUGGAAGCUUCACGACAGCACAGAAACUUGCGGCACAGUGUAUUUCCGUCAAUUUCUCGAUAAGAUUUCGCCUCGAAGUGUCGAUAUUCUCUGUCAACAGCGCGAUGUUCCGUAUCGCGUCAAACUAUUUUCGUCCACGACCAAAGCUCUAGUUGGAGAAAACAUCAGGCUAGAAGCUCAUGUCACUAUUACCGAUUACCACCAUUCUUCGGAUCUCAAAAAACAGGUUCAAGUGGAGUUUCUCAUCUACAAUCGUCGCACUGGACUGGCGCUUCCAAGCUCAAACACAAGACUUCUUUACAACGGGCAGCUCUCCUGUCUCACAAGUCCAAGUAGUGACUACCCAGUGAUACUGGACAUCACACCGGUAGAUCCAGGCGAGUACGAAGUAGGUUGUUGCGUGAAUUCAUUGUAUUUCAACGACCAGCCAGUCUACUUUCGUGUCGAACGACCAUAA